AACCAGUUCUCUCUAAGCCCUUGCUAGUAGCAGUUAAUCAAUUGAGAUGUUCAUCAAGCUCCUGCUAAUCAGCCAGCUUCUGGCGCUGAGCUACGCCCAAUUGUCUCUGGAGGAGGCUAAAAAACAAAUCGAUGCAUCAGUUUUAAGCGAUGAGGAGACUGGCGAUGAUAUGCAUCUGGCGGAGCCUCAUUAUCCUCCCCAAUACCAGCCACAUUAUCCUCAUCAUCCGGAAAAGAAAUUAACCACUCCCAAGCCAGAAACCACGACGCCACCCCCGGAAACCACUACUCCAAAGCCGGAUACUACCACGGAGACGCCUAAGAUAGAGCAGGAAGCCACUGCUCUUCCGGAGAAUGGCCAACUGGACGAAGGCCUAGGUCAAGUUAACGAUGGAUCAGCCCUGCCAGAGUCAACUACUCCGGAACCAGAGACCACAACUACUACGACUACCACCACCACAACUACGACGACUCCAAAGCCCCAUAAGCACGAGCCGCAUCCCCAUCCCCUCCCCAGUCACGACCCCCAUCAUUUCAACUAUCCUCAACGGUAUCCUCUUCCGUACGUUCCCAAUCCAUACCUUAAUCAUGGUGUGAUAUUCACCCCCGACGGACCCAAACUGGCUCCUCCAUCGGAGACCCCAAAAACUCCCAAAGACGCAGAAAAGGAAUCUCCUGAGCAGAGUGGAUACCCAUCCUAUCCGUCUUUUAGGUCGCCUUACUCCCCCUACCAGCCACCAGUGUUUCAUCAGCUACCCAAUUGGCGUAGCUUCCCAGGAUAUGGUCCCAGUCCUGGUUUUGGUUACCCUCACAAUCAUAAUGACCAAGAAGAUUCCGAAGAGGAUAAGCCCAAAGACAAGUCUAGCGAAGAGGAUAAAGAGGAGGAUGUGGCUCUGAAGCCUCCAGGUUUUGGAUACCCCCAGGUCUAUUUGGUUCCCCGGAGACCAGUGAUCACUGUACCCAGCUACCCGCGACCAAAUGGCGGAUACGGAUCACCGUACGGUUAUGGACGGUACUAAUACUCUAUACUAAACAUUGUGAAAAGCACUUAAAGUCAUGAAAGUCAUUGUUAAACUAAUUUUAUUUCAUUCUUGAAACGUACUUCCUAACAUAUUAUUAAAUAUUUUAUAAAUCUCUA